CGCCUGUCGUACUUUCAUACACAGACCACACACAAACACUCUCUCUUUGCUUUCGACUUCCGAGACAAAAAGAGAGAGGAAUAGAGAAUUGUUGUAAAAGCUUUUGCCUUUUAGAGGAAACAACAGUGCAGAUCUUAGAAGGAUCCGAACACCCAUCACCUAAAAAACCGAUUAUUACAAGUCAAAACUCUAUAUUUUUACCCACAAGACAAAAAGUUGUCCAAACAAAUUUUCUUCUUUCUUCUCCUUCUCUGUUCAUGUUCGUCUGUUUCUUGUUUCUCGGAGAUGACUCAAGUGUUGGUACGAAGAGAGACACAAGGAAGGAAACUUAGAAGAUGGGACGUGAAGACCAUUUGUUUCUUCUUCUUCUUUGUCAUUUUUCAGAUAAGUUAUUCUUCAUCAGCUUCUGUUGCUUCUCGUCGUCAUCACUUCGUCUCGUCACCGCCGAGAAAAAAUCUGGUGUACGCAACGUCGCCGUUUCGUGGGCCGUUGAGCAGAGAAGAUAACAUUUAUGGAGACGACAAGAGAGUAGUUCGCACGGGUCCCAAUCCUCUGCACAACUAACUUUUGCGUGUUGCUAUUAUUAUCAAUUACCCUCCACACCCACCCUACGAAGACUACAUGCAAAAGGCUAGACGCAAACGCUGAACGUUGACCGUGAUACAAAGGUGCCUUAGAGUCAAAUAAGGUUUGUCACAGAUUUUGUAAGUUAGAAUCCUUUUUUUUUUGUAUUUCAGCAUAGAAACAUUUUAGCUUUUAGCGUAGGAUUUUGUUAGUUCGGUUAUGAGGAACUCUAUGAAUGUUAGUAUUAAGAACUUAAAGAUAACACAAUCAUGCCUUAAUUUUAGUUUACAUUAAAACUAAAAUGAACCCUGGUGGUUUUUGUUGUUGCAAGUCUUAUAAGGAGAUUAAGUUGUCUUAUUCUUGAUAUAAAUAAAGAAAAACUGUGUAUUGGUUAUGUAUUAGUAUUACCAACGAUUAUAAUGUUCUUGUGUUUCAGAAUAACAGUGUUAUCUUUCACUCA